AUGUUUCUAAGCGCACCGAUAGGUGGUGAUCACAAAAACUUGCAGACUCUGCAAAUCGAGGAGUCUGAAUUUGGUCUGGAUGCUAUGGAUAUUGUCCGUUUACGAGGCAUAAGAUUCAUCAAAAAAUCGGUUACUACGCCAAGCUUUACUACAGAGGAGAUUCACAAAGCAGUUGAUAGAAUGUUUGAGGAGUCACUCGAAAAAGCACUCAAGCAAAUGGACAACCUCGUCUCGUUGUCUCUGAUUUUGCUCGAACGUAUAAUCCCUGGGGAUGUCCUUUUUGCUCAGACACCAAACCUGUACCAGCUCCGUUCAUUGACAUUAUGGGGACGGUUGUUACUCAAACAACAGCAGCAGUGCCCAGAUAGCAGUCAAUUCCCGCCAAACCUCACCAAGCUCGUAUUAAUUCAUUCUGAAUUCGAGCAAGACCCAAUGCCGGUGCUGGACAAGCUACCAAACCUCAGGCUUCUUCAACUAAAUGCGUAUGCAUACAAAGGGAAGAGCAUGUCAUGUUCUUCUACUAGAGGCUUUCCUCAACUACAACAAUUGGUAUUAUUCGGUGUCCAUAGUUUAGAGGAAUGGAGAGUGAAGGCUGGGGCGAUGCCUAGCCUAACCCACUUAACUAUCGCAAAAUGCGAGAAGUUGAAGAUGCUUCCUGAGGGAUUGCAGCACGUGACCACACUUCGAGAACUGGACCUGAGAGAUAUGUCCUAUGAGUUCAACAAAAGGGUCAGAAAUGAGGAUGCGUACAAAGUCCGACACAUCCCCUCCAUUCAUUUUGACUUGCCGAACGAAAUUGAAUUCAUGUAA